AUGUCAGAAGUCAAAACCUUGAAAGGCAAGCCGCUUGACAGAGCUGAGCUUGACCGGGUUCUCCGCGCAUCACUGUUCUACACUCAAGUAGGUUGCAUUGGACUUGCCGAGGGUCAUUGCAGCUCCUUUGAUAUUUAUGGCGGCGUGAGCGGAUUCUACGACUACGGCCCUCCAGGCUGCUCUCUGCAAGCUAAAAUCGUCGAUCUGUGGAGAAAGCAUUUCGUGCUAGAGGAAAACAUGCUCGAAGUUGAUUGUCCAAUGAUUACGCCUCAUGAAGUGCUGCAAACAUCUGGUCACGUUGAUCGUUUCUGCGACUGGAUGGUCAAGGAUCCAAAAAACGGUGACAUUCUUCGAGCUGAUCAUUUAGUCGAACAGGUAUUGGAGGCAAGGCUAAAUGGAAAUAGAUUAGCACGAGCCGAGGCCAUCGUCGAGAAAGACGACCCGAAGAAGAAAAAGAAGAAGGGUGGCGCCUUAGAAGCCGUGAAGCUUGAUGAUGCCGUGGUUCAAGAGUACGAGGAAGUCCUUGCGAAGAUCGAUAACUAUGAUGGUCCUGAGCUGGGUCAGCUAAUGGAGAAGUACGACAUCCGUAACCCAGCUUCUGGCGAGCGCACUGAGGCCCCCGUUCAAUUCAACCUCAUGUUUCAAAUCCCGAAUAUUGGCCCUUCGAGUCAACUCAAGGGCUUUCUACGCCCAGAGACUGCGCAAGGCCAAUUUUUGAACUUUGCAAAGCUUCUCGAGUUCAACAACGGGCGCAUGCCGUUCGCAUCCGCUUUGAUUGGAAAGUCCUUCAGAAACGAGAUAGCUCCACGUGCUGGUCUGCUUCGUGUGCGCGAGUUUCUGAUGGCAGAGAUCGAACAUUUCGUUGAUCCACAGGGUGGCAAAAAGCACGCACGCUUUGAAGAAGUCCGGCAUAUCAAAUUGAACUUGCUGAAUAGAGAAGUUCAAUUAUCUGGAAAGACCACUGUCACGCCGACGCCUAUCGGUGAGGCUGUCAAGAACGGUAUCGUUGACAAUGAAACUCUUGGCUACUUCCUUGCUAGAAUACAGCUUUUCGCCAUUAAGAUUGGCUGUGAUCCAAAUAAAAUGCGCUUUAGACAACACAUGGCUUCAGAAAUGGCCCAUUAUGCAUCCGACUGCUGGGAUCUUGAACUUCAAACCUCGUACGGAUGGAUUGAGUGCGUCGGCUGCGCUGAUCGCAGUGCGUACGAUUUGACUGUGCAUAUGAAGAAAACUGGUCAGCCUCUGGUGGCAAAAGAGCGGCUCCCUGAACCAAGAGAGGUUGAAUACUGGGCUGCAGAGCCUGACAAGAAGAAAGUGGGAAUGAAGUUCAGGAAAGACGCACAGCCAAUCCUGGCCGCUCUUGACAAUCUGGCUGAUGAUCUCAAGGAGAAGAUGUCUCUCGAACUCAAGAGCAAUGGAAAGGCGACCAUUGAUGUACCCGGAGUUGGCGACGGCAAUGUAGAGCUCACUUCAGAUCUUUUGACAAUCGAAAAGAAGAAACGUGUGGAACACGUCCGCACCUACAUACCAAACGUGAUUGAACCGUCCUUCGGAAUCGGUCGAAUCUUGUACGCACUCUGCGAGCACGUUUACUGGUGUCGUGAAAACGAUGAAGCUCGCGUUGUUCUCUCUUUCCCACCGAUUGUUGCACCGACUCCUGUAGCUGUCUUACCACUUUCCGGCAACGCCGAGUUCAAGCCGCUGGUGGCCCGCUUGUCCAAAGCGCUUCGAGAACAAGAGGUAUACAAUGUUGUCGAUGAUUCAUCUGUGAGCAUCGGUCGGAGAUACAGCCGUCAAGAUCAAGUUGGUACACCUUAUGCCAUUACCGUUGACUUCGAGAGUGUGCAGAAAGGAACAUUCACGCUACGCGAGCGCGACAGCACUUUGCAAGUUCGCGCACCAGAGGCAGAAAUCGUGGAUGCUGUUGUCAACAUGGUAAAGGGUAGGGAAACUUGGGAAGACGUCAUGAAAAGGCUGCCGAAAUUUGAAGGGCAGGACCUAGAGAAUACUGAAUAA